AUGGAAACUUUCCUCUUUACCUCUGAAUCUGUCAAUGAAGGCCACCCUGACAAGAUAUGCGACCAAGUCUCGGAUGCUGUCCUUGAUGCUUGUCUCGAACAAGAUCCCGAAAGCAAAGUCGCCUGCGAGACUUGCACGAAGACUAACAUGGUUAUGGUCUUCGGUGAAAUCACGACUAAGGCUAAAGUAAACUACGAGAAAAUAGUGCGAGACACUUGCAGAAACAUAGGGUUUGUGUCAGCUGAUGUUGGCCUUGAUGCCGAUAAUUGCAAGGUCCUUGUCAAUGUUGAGCAGCAGAGCCCGGACAUCGCCCAAGGAGUCCACGGUCACCUCACCAGGAAGCCAGAGGAAAUUGGAGCAGGAGACCAAGGACACAUGUUCGGUUACGCCACAGAUGAAACCCCCGAACUCAUGCCCCUCACUCAUGUUCUUGCCACCAAGCUCGGCGCCAAGCUCACCGAGGUGAGAAAGAACAAGACAUGCCCUUGGCUGAGGCCCGAUGGUAAGACCCAAGUGACUGUUGAGUACCGGAAUGAAGAGGGAGCCAUGGUCCCCAUUAGGGUUCACACGGUGCUCAUCUCGACCCAGCACGACGAAAAUGUCACGAAUGAGCAGAUCGCGAAGGAUUUGAAGGAGCACGUGAUCAAACCGGUCAUUCCAUCAAAGUAUCUCGAUGGCAAAACCAUCUUCCACCUCAACCCGUCUGGUCGGUUUGUCAUCGGCGGGCCUCAUGGGGACGCAGGGCUCACCGGCCGGAAGAUCAUCAUCGAUACAUACGGAGGGUGGGGAGCACACGGUGGAGGUGCAUUCUCAGGGAAGGAUCCAACAAAGGUGGACAGAAGUGGUGCAUACAUUGUGAGACAGGCGGCGAAGAGCGUGGUGGCUUCGGGGCUUGCCCGGCGCUGCAUUGUGCAGGUUUCUUAUGCAAUUGGAGUGCCCGAACCGCUGUCGGUUUUUGUGGACACAUACAAGACUGGGAAGAUACCUGACAAGGACAUACUGGGUAUAAUCAAGGAGAAUUUUGAUUUCAGGCCAGGAAUGAUUUCAAUCAACCUAGAUCUGAAGAGAGGGGGGAACCUCAGGUUUCAGAAGACGGCAGCUUAUGGGCAUUUUGGGCGAGAUGACCCUGAUUUUACAUGGGAGACUGUCAAGCACCUCAAGAAGAAGGCUUGA